AUGUCGACAUCUCAAGAUACACUGGUGGUUCCUGGUACCCGCAUAGCUAAACCGACCUUCCUGGCCAUCAUCUGGACCUUCACGGGCCUCUCUCUUUUUUUCGUGAUCUUCCGCCUCAGUGUCCGAUUAGCACAGUCCCGGCGACUCUACCCAGAUGAUCUGUUGGUUGUAACCGCUUGGACUAUCCUGCUGGCGACCGCUGUCAUCUGGCAGGCCAACUCAUCCAUCUUUUACUACCACGACCUCGUCGACGAGGGAGCGGCACAAUGGAUGAAGGAGUUUGACGAUCAAUAUAGUGAUUUUGUACAUUUUCUAGCGCCUUUAAUGAUUCUAUACUACAUCGGACUGUGGUGUAUCAAGUUCUCCUUCCUCGUCUUCUUCUACAACCUCGGCUCGAAGAUUACGAGCCACCGCAUCUGGUGGUGGGUGGUGUCUGCCAUAACAACUGCUGGAGUCAUUGUCUCCAUUGCGGAUUUUGAUUACAAGUGUUCCCAGGAGAGUCCGGAUUAUAUCAUUUGUAAGUCUUUCAUCUUGGAGACACUGAAACUUGGCAGAAUGAUAACCAUCAGGAAACGAAAAGCAAACUGCCUGACCCCAGCUCACAUUCAUUUUGAAAACUACUCUUCCUACGUUAAUUUCGCUGUGGAUGUUGCCACAGAUUUACUGAGUGAGACUCCUCAUCCCCAAUAA